UCAAGAGCCUUGGUUACAGCCGAGUUGUCCUACAGAUUGGUAGAGGAACCGUGGUACCUGAACCAUUCAGUACUGAAUCAUUUACUCUGGAUGUUUACAGGUACAAGAAUUCGUUAAAAGAAGACCUUCAACAAGCAGAUCUUGUUAUUAGUCACGCAGGUGCAGGAAGCUGUUUGGAGACUCUAGAAAAAGGAAAGCCACUUGUGGUGGUUAUAAAUGAAAAAUUGAUGAACAAUCAUCAGUUGGAAUUGGCAAAGCAGCUACACAAGGAGGGGCAUCUCUUCUACUGUACCUGCAGGGUUCCAACUUGACCUGGGCAAACCAGCCCUUUGCUUCUCUGCUCCUGAGAACUGCCACAGAUGCUGUGGUGCUGACUCCAGCUGCCUUCUCAUGCCUUGUCUUUUGGCUGCUUUCCGGAUACCUGCAUAAGCAAGCGAUCGACACUGCUACCCGACACUGCUACCCAUUCCUACCUUACCCUGCCUUUUCCCUCUUGCAUUUCUGUUCUUUUCCCUCUCUCCCUCCUUCUGUUCACAAUGCAAAAAGGAUGGAAAAAGUACUACAGCCAGAAGCCUUUGAAUGAGGCAUCAAUGGAUGAAUAUUUAGGCAGUUUAGGGCUGUUUCGAAAGCUGACUGCCAAGGAUGCCUCUUGCCUCUUUCGUGCUAUUUCGGAGCAGUUGUUUUGUAGCCAGGUUCAUCAUUUGGAGAUCAGGAAGGCUUGUGUCUCGUAUAUGAGAGAAAAUCAACAAACUUUUGAAGCUUAUGUGGAGGGAUCUUAUGAAAAAUACCUGGAACGAUUGGCAGACCCCAAGGAAAGUGCUGGCCAUCUGGAAAUAAGAGCCCUUUCUCUAAUUUAUAAUAGGGAUAUCAUCCUUUAUCGCUUUCCUGGAAAGCCUCCAACUUCUGUCACAGAUAAUGGCUAUGAAGAUAAGAUUCUACUCUGCUAUUCAAAUAAUGGUCAUUAUGAUUCCGUGUACUCAAAACAGUUUCAGUCAAGUGCCGCUGUUUGUCAGGCUAUAUUGUAUGAAAUGCUGUAUAAAGAUGUGUUUUUUGUGGAUGAAGAAGAGUUGAAAACUGCAGUUGAAUUGUUUCGAAGUGGUCCCAAGAAGAACAGAAAUAAUGCUCUGACGGGAAGUGAGGAUGCCCGUGUUGAAUAUAAGAGUUCGACUCGGGAUAGGGCUGAAGAGAAAGGUGCCUGCUGCAAUGCUGAAAAUAUACCAGAAGGGUCCAAUCAAGGAACAGCAGAAGCAAAGUCUUCAGAAACUCCAUCAAAGAUGCUUUUUCCUUAUAAGGUGCUCAAAGCCCUGGACCCAGAAAUCUAUCGUAAUGUAGAAUUUGAUGUUUGGUUGGACAGCAGAAAAGAACUUCAAAAAUCUGAUUACAUGGAGUAUGCUGGAAGACAGUACUAUUUGGGAGACAAGUGUCAGGUACGCUUGGAAUCUGGUGGUGGAAGAUAUUAUAAUGCUCACAUUCAGGAAGUUGGAAAUGAUAACUCAUUAACAGUCUUCAUUGAAGAACUGGCAGAAAAGCAUGUUGUUCUACUGGCUAACGUAAGACCCAUUACUCAAGUGACACCUGUUCCAGCCUGGAACAUUUUGCAUGGUGGGAAAGGAAGAAACUACCAAAAAUCGCCUAGGGGCUAUGUCCCAGAAAUAGCUAUGUCAGAGAUGGACAUGAAGCAACGGAAGAAGAUGUUCAAGAAAGUUAGAGGGAAAGAUGUUUAUAUGACUGUGGGUUACAGCAAGGGAGACUCUGUCCUCCCACCUAGGCUUCAGCAAAAUAUGCAUUAUGGGCAUAACUCUCCAAUGUACUACUCACAGUCAGCUGGGAAUUUUAUGUCUAAUGAACAUUUUCAUCCUCAACAUUCAUCUCAGAGACAAGGUCGGGGAUAUGGUGUGCCCAGGGAUUCAGCUCGCUUUAUAAACAGGCACAACAUGAUGGGCCCUAAAGUUGGUUUCUGCCCUGGCCCAGGUAAAAGGUGUUGUCAGAACUACGAUAACUUCUCUUACAGAGCUCGUUCUUUUAGACGAAGUCAUCGCCAGAUGCAUAGUAUGAAUAAGGAAUGCCAAUAUGGCUUUGCCCCAGAGAAUGGACAAGUGCCCAGAGGCUUGGAAGAGAACAUUACUUUCUAUGCAGUUGAGGAAGGAGAUGAGACUACUUAUCCACCUUUACCUAAUCAUGGAGGACCUUCUACAAUGGUUCCUGCUGCUUCAAGAUACUGUAUUGCAAUGCAGGGACAGAGCUCAGACAAACAAACUUUGAAUGUAGAGGAAGGCGACAGCCAGGUUGAAAAUGGGGGAUACCAUGAAGAAUAUGUUUAUCCUUCAGAGCCAGACUAUGAAACGUCAGGUGUUUGUAGAACAACUGAAUCUACGGCAGACUUGUCUCAAGGCAGAAGAGUAUAUUCUAUGUCUCCACAAGACACAGUUACCUCAUACAAGUACCACCACCAGGUGAUGGUAAAUUCUGCACCAGUUGCAGCUUCCAGUGCCAGUAAUGUUCCAGCUCCAGACUUAUCUAACUGUACAGCAGCUAAUCAAGCUAGUAGUACCACUUCAGUUUCUUCACAGGAUGCUACACAGCCUCUAUUUGUAUCUCCACCUACACACGGCAGGCCAGAUACAAAAGUUUUGCAAUACUAUUUCAAUCUGGGAUUACAGUGCUAUCACCAAAACUACUGGCACUCCAUGGCCUAUGUGCCACAGAUGCAGCACCUUCAUGUAGAGAAUUAUCCAGUCUAUGUUGAGCCACCUCCUCUAGUAGAUCAAACCACUCCUCAGUUGUACAGUGAGGUGGGAAAAGCAGAUGGCACACAGGUGGAAGCAUCAGCACAUGGUACUUUUCCUAAUGCUGACCCUGCAUCUGUCCCCCAUGGAACAGUAUAUUAUCCAGUAAUAUCAGAUCCCUAUGGGCAGCCACCUUUGCUGGGCUUUGAUUCCUGUCUGCCUUUUGUGCCAGAUUACUCCUAUGUUGCUCCCUGGCAUCCAAUUGGUGCAAUAUAUGGUGGUUCUCAAAUUAAUGGUGCUAUGAAUCCUGGGCCAGUUGGCUAUAUUGCUUCACCUCCAACUUCUCAUUAUGUACCUCAGAACAUGUAAGAUUCAGUAUUAUGAAGCAUUCUUGCACUGCCAUUUUUCUUGCUGUUUUAGUUUAUAUAAUGUUUUAAGUUAGUGCUUAAGUGAUUAGGUAAUUAGAAUGGUUCCUGGUGUAUCUGUCUUUAAGAUUAUUUUAUCUUUUGAUUUAAAUUAGUCAUUUAAAAAUACUGCUUUUUGAUGUGAAUGAGGAAAUUGAAAUGAAUGUGCAACUCGCCUCAUUCAGCCCAUUUCAUUGUACUCAGCUGUGUAUCUGUCAGCCAGCUUGUCAACUUUGCUGAUGUACCAUUUGAUGAAAGAAAUAGUAAUGUGAACUAUUUCCUUGGAUCAGAUAAUCACACAUAUUAAACCACGCAAAAUUGGAAUAACUU